AUGGAUGAUGAAUUUAAUAUAACUUAUAUAACUCUUGGUGGGCUUGUGGAAGUGGACAAAUACAGAUAUCUUUAUUUUUUGAUCAUGUUUACAGCAUACAUUCUAAUACUCUGCUUCAAUGUCACCAUCUUGUAUCUCAUCUGGAUUCAUCAAAACCUCCAUGAGCCCAUGUACAUUUUCAUUGCAGCUCUGUUAAUCAACUCUCUCGUUUUCAGCACUGCGAUCUACCCAAAGCUGUUGAUUGACUUUUUAUCUGAGAAACAGAUCAUAUCUUAUUCAGCCUGCCUCUUUCAGUUUUUCAUAUAUUACUCUUUAGGUGGUUCAGAGUUCUUACUGUUGGCAGCCAUGUCUUAUGACAGAUAUGUGUCCAUAUGUAAACCUCUGCAGUAUCCAGCUAUCAUGAGGAAAACAACUGUCAGUAUUUUCCUCAUUUUGGCCUGGCUUCUGCCUGCAUGUCAGAUUGCAGUCCCAGUAAUACUGAGUGCUGACGUGAAACUCUGUAAUUCCAUAUUAGAUGGAAUUUUGUGUAACAAUUCAGUUUACAGUCUACAUUGUGUGAGUUCAAGAGCACGAUCCAUAUUUGGUGUUGUUGCUUUGCUAAACAUUGCACUUCUCCCUUUGCUCUUCAUACUGUUUACAUACACCAGGAUACUGAUAAUAACCUGUCGAAGUAGCAGAGAAGUCAAGACAAAAGCUGCUCAGACCUGUUUACCACACCUGUUGGUUUUAAUCAGCUUUUCCUGUCUGUGUGCAUAUGACGUGAUUAUAGUUCGACUGGGAUCUGAUCUCGCAAAAACUGUACGUUUAAUAAUGACUUUACAGGUAGUUUUGUAUCAUCCCCUCUUUAAUCCAGUCAUAUAUGGACUGAAAAUGAAGGAAAUCUCUAAACACCUGAGGAGGUUGUUCUGUCAAGCCAAAGUGAUCUAGUGUGUUAAAGAGUAACAACAGUAAUGGUGAUGUACAGUCAUUUAUUUUGUAAAAAUAAGGCAGACAUGUGAAUGGCCUUACUUUGAUGUACUUACUACAGCCCUUACUUUGAUGGAUACAGUGUCCUUAAACAGUGUAAUGACUAACUAAUGUGUUGUACUUUUGAAAAUUAUAUUAUUAUUAUUAUAUUUUUGUUAACAAAAGUCUGUGUCAGUAAGUCAUUGACAAUCUAUCCACUGAAGUGGGCGCUUGUCAUUGUGACGUUCUCGUCCUUGUGAUGAGAGGAGAUGGUUUGGCGUUUUCUAAGUGACCUCAGGGCGAGGAGGACUCGGGCCAGCAGCAGGGAGCGUAGAACAGAACACAGAAAAGCACUAGUGUGAGCUUGGGCAUAAAGUUAUGCUGGAGUACACAAAAUAAUAGAAAAGUAUCUGUUUUUCCACUAAACAUUCCUCAUAUCUUGUAGCUCUAUUCAUUUAACUUUUAUUUAUACCACAUAGCCCAAGUUAACUGUCUUCAGUGUGUUUAAUGGACAGUGAAAACAAGUCACAAGCCGAGUAGACCAUAAACCGGGCAAAGCAGACAUGCAUGUGCAACUUCACAAUUUUCUGUUUAGUGUUCCACUUAUGAGGAAGAUGAAAUCUGAAAACUGGUUUCCCACUCAUGGCAUUAGUGUGGUGAUUUUCAUGGAUUAAAUAAUCCUGACUGUAGCGCAGUGUGUACUUGAUGCACAAACACAUGUAAUGUACCAAGUUAGUUUACAGAGAAAUGCAUAAUACAGUACAGUGUUGGUCUCUUCUUACUGACAACUAUGCCGACAUACUUUUUCAUAUAAUUUUUUAUAAACCAUUCUCAGUUGUAAGCCUCAGGACAGGACUUCAACUGCUAUUUUUCUAGAGAACAACAUGCACUUUAUUUUCAUUUGAGGUUAUGUGAGUUCAAUAGCUCACUCAGUUGCUAUAAAAUGACAUUGUUGAUGUUAAGAUGAAUUGCAGUGUAUCUAACCUUAUACCUAAAAAAAACCCCAAACUAUAAAAACUGAAUAAAGGCGGUCCUAGAAGAGAACUUUGCGUUUGAAAAAACCCCCAAAAAGAUAGACUUUCGAUAAAUCAGCAAAAGACGGUGACAUAACCCUGCCUGUUAUCUGAUGCUCCAUCAUUCCAGACUUUGGUGUUACCGCCAUAGUACAGUUUAACAUCUAAAAUGCCAUGAUAAGAUUUUACUCAUUUUGUUAAUACUCAGGCAUGACCAAAGUGGACUGAGACGCUUUGGGCAAAUGAGGGACGUAGGCCAUCGUCCACAAGUCUGGCUCUGUUACAACAGCCAGAUUAAAACUGUAAGUUUACAUGUUUAAAUGUAAGUUACUGGAAGCAUCCUCUCUAUAAAAGUCUUAGUGUGGAUUAGUAUGAAAUCAGAGCUGAUCUGAAGAUCCCUAAAGUGUAAAAAACAGAAAGCAUGUGCCUUUGACUUCAGACCAGGUUUCUGUUGGUCAGUUGCACAACCACCUCCACCAGCCUCCUCCUAAGUUUCAAUUCAAGCUACACUGAGCUUUGUGUUAAGCAUAAGAUAGCCUUAAAAGGCUUAUCCUUGUCUGCAAUGAAAUUAAAUGUUUUCAUAAAAUCAUGGUCAAACAAUAUCACUGUAGUACAAAUCAAACAAAAAUAUUUGUUCAUAGAAAUUGAACUUCCUUGUGACAGUGAUUUCUAAUUUUGGGUGACUGAUCUAUACUAUCGAUCAGUACUAUAAUAGUGGUCACCAAAGCCAAGAGGAAAAACACCACGAUUUGUAAGUCUGUGGUGGACUGGUGACGAUAGUGUCUAAAACCGUGGCCUUUUCAGUAGGAAAAUAAAUAUGCUGCAUGAGACUGAACUCCGUGCAGCGAUAUUUUCACAUUAUCAGCUAGUUAUUCUGAAGGCGUGAACUGUGGCUUCAGUCCUUCAGAGCUUGAUGACUUGUGGACUGUACUUAUACGGCCUGGUCUGACUGACCAUUCAAAGUGCUUUACGACACAAGCCAGCACUCACACAUUCACACACUGGUAGAGCACUCAUUCAACAUGCAAGGAGCCACCUACUCACAAGAGGAGUUAACCAUUCACAUGAACUCAAAGAGUUAAAGCAAGGCGUCUGGACUUGUGAAGAUUAGGCUUGAAGACGUUCCGCUGCUAA